AUGGAAUCAUCAGCAACAGAGCCCCCUCCAGGCCUUGAGCAGGAAGGAGAGGUGAGCAGUCGCAGCCUCUCGUCGUCUUCUUUGCCGAGCCCUUUCGACUCUCCCAUCGACCAAAGCUUCAAUUCAGAGGCAUAUGUCAGCCAAACUGCUGCUCAAUUGGUGUGGCAGGCGCAGCCAAAGACAGACCUAGACUUGCAGCCAUUUUGUCUACCCUUCCACGAUGCAUAUCCUUAUCUUGCCAAACUCCCUCGAUUCAACAAGGAAAUACAUGCCUUGCCACCAUCUCAGGGCGCGCCCAACGGUUUCCACCACACACCCUCUCAUCAGCUACAUCUGGGCGGCGUUUACCAGCCAAGCAGUCAAUACUUUGUGGAGCAGCCACAGCCCAUGGUUCCUGUCCCAAGCCCAGCAAUCCCGCCACCAAUCAACGUGCCAUCCGUGGGUAGCGGUUUAGCCUAUCAAACAAACCUGACGCCACGGGGGUGCAAUACGUUCCAGAAUGCUGAGAGCGAUGCAUCCAAUCCAACUGCAAGAGUCUUGGGUAGUACCGAGCAGUAUGUUGGCAAUAAUCUCCACACCCAGCACCAGACGAGCCCCAAGGCAGGCUCCGCGACCAACUCCACGAAUGGUUCGCUCCCUGUUCAACGGGGAGGUCGUGAGUCCAAACAGGACCAAACCCCCGCGGUAGCAAAGAAGUUCCUCUGCACGUUCUGCUGCGACUCGUUCAAAUACAAGCGGAGUUGGUCACGGCAUGAGCUCUCGCAGCAUCUGGAUCUUGGCGGAUGGAAGUGCACGCCGUUUGGCCCUCUGACAGUAUCAACCGUCGAUGGCACGCUGGCCUGUUCAUACUGCGGCCUCGGCAACCCGACAGUAGCACACCUCAAGGAGCACAAGAGCCACGAAUGCAACAAGGCGAGAGUCUUCCCCCGCAAGGAAAACCUCACCUAUCACCUCAUGCGGACCCACAAGGCUAAGCCUGCCCCCCCGUGGACGAAUACGUGGGUUGUGAAGAUGCCGAAGAUAACAUCGCGCUGCGGAUUCUGUGGUGUCCGAUUGGAGUCGUGGGACGAGCGCGAGGAUCAUCUGGGUGAGCAUUUCUCACAAGGCAAGACGAUGCGGGACUGGCGGGGAGAUCAUUGUUUUGCCCCUUGGAUUGCGGCUAAAGUCCGCAAAGCCAUACCUCCGUAUAUGAUUGCCGGUUAUCGAUCGCUGAAGUAG